CCCCCAUUUUUGGAAAGUAGUUUGGUCCGGUGCAACAGAAUAUCUGAACCGCCACCUCGCCUCUGAGUCGGUCCCUCAACUGGCAUCAUGGCGAGUGUUCGUGCUGCGUCUCGUCUCCUCUCCAAGAGGAUACUAACUGAAACAAAAUCAGUUCCGGCUGCUGCAGUCCAGGGUUCCCGGAACUUUCACUUCUCCAUCUAUGGCAAGAAGAAAAAUGCAAAAGUAUCAGAUGAUAUCUCUACUCAGUACCCGGUCGUGGAUCAUGAGUUUGAUGCUGUGGUGGUAGGAGCUGGAGGAGCAGGACUCAGGGCAGCUUUUGGUCUGUCAGAGGCUGGCUUUAACACUGCCUGUGUCACCAAGCUCUUUCCCACCAGGUCUCACACUGUUGCUGCACAGGGUGGGAUCAAUGCAGCUCUGGGUAACAUGGAGGAGGAUGAUUGGAGGUGGCAUUUCUAUGAUACAGUAAAGGGAUCUGAUUGGCUGGGAGACCAGGAUGCUAUCCACUACAUGACAGAGCAGGCGCCUGCAGCUGUAGUGGAGCUAGAGAACUUUGGCAUGCCAUUCAGCCGCACUGAAGAUGGGAAGAUCUACCAGAGGGCCUUUGGAGGUCAGAGUCUCAAGUAUGGAAAAGGAGGCCAGGCCCACCGCUGCUGUUGUGUAGCAGACAGAACAGGACACUCGCUGCUGCAUACCCUUUAUGGAAGGUCACUACGUUAUGACACCAGUUACUUUGUUGAGUACUUUGCCCUGGACCUGCUGAUGGAAAAUGGAGAGUGCAAAGGAGUGAUUGCUCUCUGCAUGGAGGACGGCUCUAUUCACCGCUUCAGAGCCCAGAAUACUGUCAUUGCUACUGGGGGUUAUGGAAGAACUUAUUUCAGCUGCACAUCUGCCCACACUAGUACUGGAGAUGGAAAUGCAAUGGUGACCAGAGCUGGGCUGCCCUGCCAGGAUUUGGAGUUUGUACAGUUCCAUCCCACUGGCAUCUACGGAGCUGGUUGUCUGAUCACAGAAGGUUGCCGUGGUGAGGGAGGGAUCCUGAUCAACAGUGAGGGAGAACGCUUCAUGGAGCGUUACGCACCCAACGCCAAAGACCUGGCCUCCAGAGAUGUGGUGUCUCGCUCCAUGACCAUAGAGAUCAGAGAGGGCAGGGGUGUUGGUCCAGAGAAGGAUCAUGUGUACCUGCAGCUUCAUCACCUGCCUCCCCAGCAACUGGCCACAAGGCUGCCUGGUAUCUCAGAGACGGCCAUGAUCUUUGCUGGUGUGGACGUCACUAAAGAGCCCAUCCCUGUCCUGCCUACCGUUCAUUACAAUAUGGGUGGAAUACCCACAAACUACAAGGGACAGGUCAUCACUCAUGCCAAUGGAGUCGACAAGGUGGUUCCUGGACUGUAUGCCUGCGGAGAGGCGGCAUGCGCCAGUGUCCACGGUGCUAACCGACUGGGCGCUAACUCUCUGUUGGACCUGGUGGUGUUUGGCAGAGCUUGCGCCCUCACCAUCGCUCAGGAGCACAAACCUGGAGAGAAGCUGUCCCCUCUGCAGCCCAGUGCAGGAGAGGAGUCUGUGGCCAACCUGGACAAGCUGCGGUUUGCCAACGGAACUAUGAGAACCUCUGAGAUCAGGCUCAAUAUGCAGAAGACCAUGCAGGCGCAUGCUGCUGUGUUCCGUACCGGCUCUGUUCUUAAGGAGGGAUGCGACAAGAUGGAUGCUGUUUAUCAGACCAUGGAAGACAUCAAGACCUUUGACAGAGGUAUUGUGUGGAACACAGACCUGGUUGAAACAUUGGAGCUGCAGAAUCUGAUGCUGAAUGCUGUCCAGACGAUCCAAUCCGCUGAGCAGAGAAAGGAGAGCAGGGGAGCCCAUGCCAGAGAGGACUUCAAGGACCGUGUGGAUGAGUACGACUACUCCAAGCCUCUGCAGGGUCAGGAGAAGAAGCCCUUCGAUCAGCACUGGAGGAAACACACUAUGUCCUACUGUGACCCCAAGACUGGAAAGGUGACUCUGGAGUACCGCCCCGUUAUUGACAGUUCUCUGGAUGAGCAGGACUGCGCCCACGUCCCCCCUGCCAUCCGCUCCUACUAAGAUCUUCACGCCCCCCCCCCCCUUCCCUCUCUGCUCGCAUCCAAAUCACUCAUUUAUUUACUAUUUAUGGCUAUACUUUUAAUGUAAAAGAGCUGACACAUGUAACUAUUUAGAUCAGUUAAAUACAAAACUGAACUUCAUUCCUUCAUGUCACCGUCCUGUUCCUCUGCUUUAUGUGUCUUUUGCCUUCAUUCAGUCUGUUUGCAGCAGAUUUCGGCAUUGUUCUUGUGAACGCUCACUCUGUGUGAGCUGGUCUUCUUUGUAUAUAUAUCAUAAGGCACUCAAGACAAGUUGAUGAUUCCAGCCUCCAGCUGAAGGAAAAAACCAGAACAGUUAAGAUGUGUGGCACCACUGAAGCUUGGCCUUUUGUGAUAACACCACACUCAUUUUCUUGUCUUGCAUUGCAUUAAAUGCUUCUUUAAUUAUAA